CUGUCACAUAAUACUAUGUGUGGACGGAGCCUGAGAGAGCGGGAAGAGCUACGAGCCAAAAGUGAGAUUCCAUCUCCAAACCCGGCCGCCAUGAAUGAGGAAAAGGAUAAAGCUGGUAACUCAGAGAAGGUGGAGGAGGAGGUUGACAUUGACCUGAAUGCUCCAGAGACAGAAAAAGCGGCACUGGCCAUUCAGAACAAGUUUCGUCGGUUUCAGAAGAGGAAGCAGGACCCCAGCCCAUGAUCAUGUUGCCUCCGACCUCUUAUACUGAUUCUGCACUUCCUUUUCUAUAAGGGACGAGCCGGAUAAAAUAAAUGGGGCAUUAUAUCUACAGUCCCCCAAACAUUACCUAUCCCCCCCCCCCACCCCACCCUUAAUUUAUAUGAAUGCUUGCGUGAGUGGCCGAUGCCAUCCUCAGGCAGAAUACCCACUGGCCGCCCUGUACAUACUCUCCUGGGUAUAGUCAAUCUGAUAGAUGAGAGACUUUUGUGCACUACAAUAUGAAGGCGACUUUAUGGCAGCUCUGUAAUGGCAGCUGUAGUCUGGUUUGCCGGCAUGUGUAGACCGUCUGGGGGUCCUUACCCUUAUAUCAAGGCAUGCUCCCUGUAUCCUAACCUGCACUUGUCAUCGACCAUCACAAUGGACCAAACCAACAACCCAUGAACCACUCGAAACAUGCAGCUAAUUUGACACCUUUGCUAUACUGAUGUUGGGGUCUUCACAUAACAAUGGGGGCUCCUUCCUCCCGAUUCGGAUAGUCCAUCAAUGUUGUAGGACAGUGUUCCCCAACCAGUGUGCCUCCAGCUAUUGCAAAACUACUACUCCCAGCAUGCCCGGACAGCUGAAGACUAGGUUUUGCAACAACGAGAGCAGUGUAUCCUGACUAGUGUGCCUCCAGCUGUUUCAAAACUACAACUCCCAGAAUGCCCGGAGAGCCAAAAAUUUGGUUUUGCAACAGCAAGAGCAGUGUUUCCUAAGCAGCGUUCCUCCAGCUGUUGCAAAACUACAACUCUCAGCAUGCCCGGACAGCCGAAGACUAGGUUUUGAAACAACGAGAGCAGUAUUUCCUGACCAGGAUGCCCCCAGCUGUUGCAAAACUACAACUCCCAGCAUGCCCUGACAGCCGAAAAUCAGCCAACGGCUGUCCGGGCAUGCUGGGAAUUGUAGUUUUGCAAUACCUGGAGCCACAUUGGUUGGGAAACACUGGUUGAAUCCCCUCACUAUUGGGGAGAUUUAUCAAAACCUGUGCAGAGGAAUAGCUGCCGAUAGCAACCAAUCAGAUCACUUCUUUCAUUUUGAAGAGGCCUUGUUAAAAAUGAAAGAAGCGAUCUGAUUGGUUGCUCUGGGCAACUUUUCCUCUGCACAGGUUUUAAUAAAUCUCCCACUAUAAGAGCACAACAGACUAUUUGGCUGUCCUAGUUGUUACAUAUCCCAUCAGACUGCAGUUGUGAUAAACUCAUGUCCCCUGAGGAAUCUUCUGUAUGAGAAAGAGAUGCGUCGGGAUCAAAACUUUUGACAUGUCUCCAAGAGAGUGCUUCCCAACCAGGGUGCUUCCAGCUGUUGCAAAACUACAACUCCCAGCAUGCCCGGACAGCCAAAGGCUGUCCGGGCAUGCUGGGAGUUGUAGUUUUGCAACAGCUGGAGGCACAUUGGUUGGGAAGCACUGUUGUAGGAAGACGCAGCCUACUGCAGAGCUCCUUGUGUCAUCCUCAAUUCCCUCUAGGACUUUGCUGCCAUCUAGUGGUUGUUUUUUGGCACCUACAGAAUAUUCAGAAAUCCCUGGUGCAGUCCCAUGUAAGCGAAUCAUUCAUAUCAAUUGUCUGCAUCCUGGACCCUCCAUCUGCUGUGGAACUACAAUGAUCAGCAUUCCCUGUCUGCCUGUCACAGGUUGCAGAUGGCUGGUUAACUUAUUUAUGACAGACGCCAGCCCCAUUUUAUGACAACACUGACCAAGGGGCGCCCCAAAGUUUAACCCUUAUUCUCCUGAGCCUUGGCCACUUCUCACAUCUCCAGACUUCACUGUGGACUCUUAUAGGAUAACCACAUUUUUGGGAUAUUUCAGCAUGUUUAAGUAAUAAAAUAAUAUAAAAGUAG